CCACUUCUGUACUCAAUUAAAAUGACAAGCCGUUCAUGUGUUACAAAUCAUAGAAAUUUACAAUUUUAUUAUAAUUUUGUUUAAUCAAUUAAUUGAAGUCAAUUUCUUAGCGAUGAGGUUCUUACUUAUAACUUUUUUACUUUUAAUUUCAGCUUGUUCAGGAUAUUCAAAAGUCCUUGAUUGCGUGUGCGGCGAGGAAAAUGACAAAGGUCUUAUAAUUCUACAUACAUCUGGUAAAAAGAUAGUUAAUGGAUCUGAAGUGAGACCUCAUAAAUACCCAUGGAUGGCAGUUAUGAUGAAAAGCUAUCAUCACGUUUGUGGUGGAUCAAUUAUUUCUGAUAUGCUGAUUUUGACUGCUGGACACUGCAUGUACUACAUUCCAUCUCCUCUAAAAUCACGAUGGAUCAUUGGCAGUCACAGCGUUAAAGAAGCUGUUAAUGCAAGACAGCAAUCAUAUGACACUAAAGAUUAUGAUUUGCAUCCAUUAUGGAAAGCUGGAAAUUUAUUUGAUAAUUUUGACAUGGCUUUAGUUAUCACAAAUAGAAGAAUGACAUUCACUUCUGCUGCUAUACCGAUUUGCAUGCCAAAAGUUGGUGAUGAAAAAUUAUUUUGGAAUCAAAAAGUUGUCAUUGCAGGUUGGGGAAGAGUUGAAGAAAACGGAGCUCAAACUGACGUCCUUAUGGAAUCAAGUGUUUAUUUAAAGACUCAUAGAGAAUGCAAAAAUUUGAUAUAUUCAAUAAAUUAUGAUGAAAGAUCUAUGAUAUGUGCUCAUGAACAACAUACGGAUGCUUGUCAGGGGGAUUCUGGUGGUCCAAUUUUCGCUGCAAAAUCUAACGAUCAUUACGUUAUAUUAGGCGUGGUUUCAUUUGGUGACGGAUGUGCUCGUGAUUUUCCGGGAAUUUAUGCAAAAGUAUCAGAGCCUGUGACUAUCAAAUGGAUUAAUCAAAAGAUAGCAUCAACUAACUCAAAUGUUUGCAGAAAUCCGGAAUUUUCAUUUAUGAAGCGCGUUGCAGAGACUUUGGUCAAAUAGUUUGAAUUUCUCGAUGUCGAUUUUAUUCUUGAUUAAUAAAAAAAAG